AUGGACAGCGCGCUGUACCACUCAGCGGGAAUAUUCUGCGCCCCUUCGGCUUCGGGAAAUUUAACGACUGGAGGAAGCAUGACCGCCAGCUCCAAGCCUCUCGCUUUUUCGAUCGAAAGGAUUAUGGCCAGGACGCCCGAGCCAAAGUCGAUACCUUUCCCGAACUUGUUUCACGCUCCCGGGGGGAAAGCGGACCCCAAGCAGCUUCCCGCCCCGCUGCACUGCAUGAUCCCCCUCAUGCCGCUCGGCUACGAGCCGCCUCAUAAACUUCACGUCAAUGGAUUAGACGCCAGUCACGCCGAUGCUUUUUCUUACAGUACGAACGAACUGGUGGGCAUCGGCUUGAAUGAUAGAAACGAGCAGCAAGAUGCGACGCCCGCCAUCGGACAAUACAAACUCUUUCGUCCACGCGUGGUGAACCAGUCCUCGUUCCACACGAUGGGCGCCGCUGUGUGUUACCUGAACUGCGGGGAAAGUGCGUGCCCGCCUCACGCGGGUCUGGUCAACCUUCACCCCAUGGCUUCGUAUCUUCUCAACAACCCUCUGCACGCGCGGCAAAGGAGCCUGUUUUCCGCAGAGAAAUGUAAAGCGGGCAACGCUGCGGACAGGUUUCCUCCGAACGUGUCUUUCAAGGACCUUUCUCAGACUCACUUGCACCAUUACAUGAAGGAGAGUGCGCAGAUCCUGUCCAAUAAAUUGUUCAAGAACUCCGCAAAAUUAAACAGCGGCUCUCCUCAAUCCAAACCAAAGGUGUUCACAUGUGAAGUUUGUGGCAAGGUAUUCAACGCACACUAUAAUUUAACGCGGCACAUGCCGGUUCACACGGGCGCCAGGCCGUUUGUGUGCAAAGUUUGCGGCAAAGGAUUCAGACAAGCGAGUACUCUCUGUCGCCAUAAAAUCAUCCACACUCAGGAAAAACCGCAUAAAUGCAACCAAUGUGGCAAAGCUUUCAACCGAAGUUCAACUCUCAACACCCAUACACGAAUUCAUGCGGGAUACAAACCUUUUAUUUGUGAAUUCUGCGGCAAAGGAUUUCACCAGAAAGGUAACUACAAGAACCACAAACUGACUCACAGCGGAGAAAAACAGUUCAAGUGCAAUAUAUGCAACAAAGCCUUCCACCAGGUGUACAACCUCACAUUUCACAUGCACACGCACAAUGACAAGAAACCUUUCACCUGCCCAACAUGCGGCAAGGGUUUCUGCAGAAACUUUGACCUUAAAAAACAUAUUAGGAAACUGCACGACAUUUCCCCAGGACCCCACUCACCAUCAACGCCCAAUGGAAAUCUGGAGGGUCCGUAA